UGGUCUGGCCGAGCCGCUCGGUCUGGCACGCUGGCGGCCUGGGGAGCAGCCCGAAGCCCAUGAGGGCCGCGCGCCCCGCCGCGGGUGCAGACGACACGGCGCUCCGGGCCCCCGAGGAGGAGCGGAGGAUCAAUGCGGUUCCAGAGCCGAUUCCAGCGUUUCAUGAACCAUCGGGCCCCAGCCAAUGGCCGCUAUAAACCAACUUGCUAUGAACAUGCUGCUAACUGUUACACACACGCGUUCCUCAUUGUUCCAGCCAUUGUGGGCAGCGCCCUCCUCCAUCGGCUGUCUGAUGACUGCUGGGAAAAGAUCACAGCAUGGAUCUAUGGGAUGGGCCUCUGCGCCCUCUUCAUCGUGUCCACCGUAUUCCACAUUGUGUCAUGGAAGAAGAGCCACUUAAGGACAGUGGAACAUUGUUUUCACAUGUGUGAUAGAAUGGUUAUCUAUUUCUUCAUUGCUGCUUCCUAUGCCCCAUGGUUAAAUCUCCGUGAACUUGGACCCCUGGCAUCUCACAUGCGUUGGUUUAUCUGGCUCAUGGCAGCUGGAGGAACCAUUUAUGUAUUUCUCUACCAUGAAAAGUAUAAAGUGGUUGAGCUCUUUUUCUAUCUCACAAUGGGAUUUUCUCCAGCCUUGGUGGUGACGUCUAUGAAUAACACCGAUGGACUUCAGGAACUGGCCUGUGGAGGCUUAAUUUAUUGCUUGGGAGUUGUGUUCUUCAAGAGUGAUGGCGUCAUUCCGUUUGCCCAUGCCAUCUGGCACCUGUUUGUGGCCACGGCAGCUGCAGUGCAUUACUACGCCAUUUGGAAAUACCUGUACCGAAGUCCCACAGACUUCAUGCGACACUUAUGACCAGUCUGUGUGGGGUUCCAGACCAGUAUUACCUUAGUUGUGGCACUCGGGAGUGGGGAUAAGAACUGAAAGUUGCACAGGGAAGGAAAAAACUCUGUACUGACAUACAUACAUACAUAUACAUACAUAUAUAUGUAUGUAUAUGUAUGUAUAAAAUAAUUACUGUGAAAGUAUAAAAGCUGUGUGCUGGAGUUUUCCUCUUCACAGCCAACAAAUAGAGUAGUGAAUUGAUUAUUCAUUCCAUUCCACUUUCAUGAAGGACUCUGGACAGACUUGGCCACCUGAUGUUUACAAACCAGAAUUUUGUAUUUUCAUUUUACAGGUUUUACUAGAUGAUCUUUGUAAAUUACUAGGUCAGGUUGUAACAGUCAGUGCAAUAGCAAAACUUCCUUUUUAAGAAAAAGUAAGGUCAUUUCUACCACUUUCCCAUUCACUGUGUAAUGAAUCAUGGACAGAACCAACACUACAUGUUACCAUGUUUCACCUUGACACAACAUGGUCAUUUUUUAAACAAGCUUUCAUUUUUUUGUAAAUUUUUAAAAGCGUUUCAUUGACAUGCAUCUCUGCGGUUCCUCAUUCACCUGGUGAAUUUCUGCAGCAAGAGUCAACAUUCCACAAACAAACAUCAUACCUCUUCUGGUGGUUUUAUUAAGUAUGGAGAAGUUGCCACUUUUUAAAACAGAAGCUGCAGUUUUCUAAACUUUCCUGCCAAUCUCUGACUGCAUUCAGUGCUGCUUUGGGCCACUAUACUUGACCUGGUUUGAGCUAAAAAUGAUGGAAAAGUAUUUUGAUACCUACUUUUUCAAAAGAUCCAACUUUUCUCUAUGCCUUUGCCAUGUCUUCUCCAGGGUCUCUUGACAGUGGAGGAGAGCCCUGUCCUUAUUACGAAAGCAUUGGGUUGAACAUCUGCCAGAUGCCCUUUUGAGUAUCUGAGUUAGGGCACAUAGCUGCGUUAUCUGUUUGGUACCCAAUGUUCAGUCAUUGUGGUUAAGUCCUUGUCAAGUAGCUUGAUGUCCACAUUAAAUUGUGGAACUAGAUGCAUAAGGUCACGUUUCUGCCUUCCAUCUGCACUUCCCAGUGUACCGUUCCCCCCAUAUAAGAAUAUUUAAAGCAUUAUUAAACAGGCAGAGACACAUGCCAGUGCCCAUGGGUCUUAUGCUGGCUCAGUGGAGUGGUAUUUAUAUAUCAUUUCUAGACUUCUCUCAGUGUCUUAUAUUAAGAUUGAUGUGUCAGUUAGUUGAUCUUUCUUGGUGGUGUUUUAAGAAAUGAAGUCACUUUGCCUUUUGAUGGGAUGUCAGUGUCAGCUAUUUUCUAGAGAUGGGCCGUUUAGUGGAAUGGUCAGAUGGACUAUGGUAUGCUUAUUAAUUGAUAGCCCAUACUGUUGAAACCUGGAGAGAGAGUUUAUUUUGGGUACAUGUUUAGAUUUUGGUAAAUUAUAUGGUAACAAGGAUCAGAAUUGAUAUUUGUUGAUGAACUCUUCAGUGGGCAAAGGGAUCCAGUGACAACCACCACCAGAUACCCCCUUUCUGCAUGAUUCUGAACAUCUAGCUACCCGUUUAUAUAUUUUAUUUUUAAUAUUAGCUUUUGUGGAUUCACCUAAAGUCUGCUCAGAAGUAACACUGUCAAAACCACUAAAGUGUGUGUGUGUUUGUGUGUGUGCGUGUGUGUAAACUUGUGCUGUAGACGAGAAUAAACUUGUCACUUGGAUUGAU